AUGGCGGCCACUGGAGCUCUAACAUCUAGCGGCGACCACCUGAGCAAUAAAUAUCGAGUGUUCUUGAGCUUUAGUGGAGGCGAAGACACACAAGAAUCUUUCCCUUCCCUUCUGUAUUCAUCUCUAAGGAAGGCUGGAAUUUCUGUUCUCAAAGAUGAUAUCUCAAGCGAACUAUCUCAAAGCCCUAUCAAAGCUUCUAUAAUUGUAAUCAUCAUCUUCUCUCACCACUAUGCUAGUUCCAGAAGGUGCCUCGACGAACUCACAAAAAUCAUGGAGUUUCGUAGAUCAUAUCAUCUGGUAGUUCUUCCCAUAUUCUAUGGUGUGGAUCCGUCUGAUGUUUGUUAUCAGGAAUUUAGUUUUGGACAAGCAUUUCAAGAUCUCAUACAAAAAAUUUCACCUACCGAAGAUGAAUUGUCAAAGUGGAGGACAACUCUCAGUGAAGCUGGAGGCAUUUGUGGGAUUGUUGUGCCUAAUUUCGAAGCCAGAGAUGAGAGUGAAGAAGUGAAAGAAGUUGUUGAGAAUGUUCUCGAUAUAUUGGACAAGAAAGAUUUGUUUGUUGCUGCACACCCUGUAGGAGUGGAUGAUCGUGUGCAAGAAAUGAUCACAAUGUUCCAAAACCAUCAAUCUAAAGAUGUUGUCAUGGUAGGGAUAUGGGGAAUGGGGGGUGUAGGCAAGACAACUAUUGCCAAAGCCAUUUAUAAUGAAAUUGGUCGCACAUUUGAGAGUAGGAGUUACCUUUCAAAGAUCAGAAAAGCUUGGGAUCAAGAAGAGGGUCAAGUGCGCUUACAGAACCAACUUCUUUCUGAUAUAUGCAAGACAACAAAAGUGAAGAUAAAUAGCAUUGAAUCUGGAAAAAUCACAUUGAGGGAUCGACUUCGCCAUAAAAAGGCAUUGGUUGUGCUUGAUGAUGUGGAUAAGUUGGCUCAACUGAAUGCUUUAGUGGGAAGUCGUGACUGGUUUGGUGAAGGGAGUACAAUAAUCAUCACAACUAGAAAUCGACGUUUGCUCGUUGAAAUCGAUUGUUGUGUUUAUCUAAUGAAAAAUUUAAAUGAAAGGGAAUCUAUGGAGCUUUUUAGUUGGCAUGCAUUUAAACAAGAAAGUCCUAAAAAAAACUUCACUGAAUUUUCGAGAGAUAUAGUUGCAUAUUCUGGGGGACUUCCACUGGCUCUUCAAGUCCUUGGCUCUUAUUUAUUUGAUAGAGAAGUGGAGGAAUGGGAGAGUGUAUUGGAGAAACUUAGAAAAUUUCCCAAUAACAAGAUAACAAAGAAGCUAAAAGUAAGCUUUGAUGGUUUAAGUGAUCUGUUGGAGAAAGAAAUAUUUCUUGAUAUAUCUUGCUUCUUUAUUGGGAUGGACAGAAAUUAUGUGACACAGAUAUUAAAUGGUUGUGGAUUUUUUGCUGACAUUGGAAUCAAAACCCUUGUGGAGCGAAGCCUUGUGACUAUUGAUAAAAAGAAUAAACUUGGUAUGCAUGAUUUGCUGCGGGACAUGGGAAGAGAAAUAAUUCGUGAACAGUCUCGAAAGCUUGGGAAGAGAAGUAGGUUAUGGUUUCGCAAAGAUGCACGAGCUGUAUUAUUAAAACACAUGGGAACGGUAGCUAUUGAAGGACUGUCUUUGAAGCUGUCACAAAGUAAAAAAAUGCAUUUUCAGACAGAAGCUUUUACGAAGAUGAAGAGACUCAGAUUACUUCGUCUUGACAAUGUAGAACUUAGAGGAGACUACAAAUACAUUAGUAGAGAACUCAGAUGGCUUUGUUGGCGUGGGUUUCCCGUAAAAUACAUUCCUAGAAGCUUUUAUCAAAAGAAGUUAGUUGCUAUUGACUUAAAAUACAGCAGCCUCAUACAAGUUUGGAAGGAACCCCAGUUAUUGAAGAAGCUGAAAAUCCUCAAUCUCAGCCACUCUCGUUGGUUGAUGGAGACUCCUGAUUUUUCAAAACUACCAAGUAUUGAAAAGUUGAUCCUUAAAGAUUGUCCAAGUUUGACCACGAUACAUCAUUCUAUUGGGCUUCUUGAUAAACUUCUUCUACUAAAUUUGAAGGAUUGUAUUGGCCUUCGUAAUCUCCCAAAAAGCAUUUAUGGAUUAAGAAGCUUAAAUACUUUGGUUCUUUCUGGUUGUAUGAAUAUUGAAGAGCUUGGCGAGGACAUAGAGCAAAUGGAUUCUUUGACAACUCUAAUUGCUCCUACAAUAAAACAAGUGCCUUUUGCUUUAACGAGAUUAAAAAACAUUCUGUAUUUAUCUGUUCAUGGUCAUGAAGGAUUACCACAUCAUGUGAUUCCUUCUCUCUUCCAGUCUUGGACAUCCCCAGCAAAUAACCCACUACCUCAUAUUCCAACAUAUGUGGGCAUGCCAUCAUCAGUUUUGUGGGAUAUGCUAAACAGUAUCUAUGUUCCUUUCACAAUCCCUAGCACUGAACCAAAGGGACAAAACUUGUUGUUGGAAGAUGGAUUGGAUACUCCUGAUUCCUUGUUCUUGGAAUAUCUUUUAAUUCAAAUUGGAAAGGAUUCUCAAGUCUUUCAUACACUUUCAAAUUGUGUUUCACAGGGAUUGAAUCUUACAAAAUAUAGUGGUGAUUGUAUUCUCCCUAGUGACAAUUACCCCCAUUGGCUAACAUUCUCGGGUGAAGGAGCUUCUGUAAAAUUUGAAGUGCCUCCAGUUACUGGUCAUAAUCAUUUAAAAGGGAUGACUAUUUGUUGUGUGUAUAUCCCCUCAGGUGAUUGGGAUAUUAAGGCAUGUGAAUCUCGUAUAAUUUGCUUAAUGAUUAUAAAUUAUACAAAGACAACCACUUUGCUCUUCACGGAAGACAAACUAAAAUCCUUGGAAGAAGCAGAGAUGAGAGAAAUAAUAUCAAAUCUAGAAUCUGGUGACCAAGUAGAAGUGCAAGCAGCUUUUGGGAGUGGAUUCACGGUAAAGAAAACAGCUGUCUACUUGCUAUAUGACGAGUCAUUUGAUGAAGUGAUGGAGUCUUCAACACCUGAAGUUGUAAAUUUAACUAGCACCAAACACAAAUGUGAGGAGGAAGAGGCACAUGAAUCUAUCAGACCUAGAAAGGCAAUGAAGAUUUGA